AUGGACAGAGUCCGCGACUGGAUCGAAAAGUGCGAAAGAAGGCACGAGGACUGCAGACUUGCCGAACCAUCACCACUGCCGACGAGAGUUCUUGAUGUCGGGGCCCAGGAGGACCAAGAAUUCCAUCUCAGCCUAUACGAGACGACUAGUGGAGAGACCGGGCAGUACAUCUGCCUGAGCCAUUGUUGGGGUGGACACCAGCCUCUCAAGACCACUACUUCGACCAUCGAGGCUCGAAAGCUAGGGAUUAGAUGGGACGAGGUGCCUCGAACGUUCCAGCACGCUGUCAUAAUAACCAGGGCUCUGGGUAUCCGCUAUCUCUGGAUCGACAGUCUCUGCAUCGUGCAGGACAACGCCGACGACUGGCGACGCGAGUCAGCCAAGAUGCACACUGUCUACGAGGGCGGCUAUCUCACCCUUGCGGCAUCCGGGAGUGCCGGGCCUGACGGCGGUUUGUUCCGCCCUCACAUUCGAACUCGUCGCAAGAUCCCUCACAUCGACUCGCUGCGCGAGCAUCCGCUUAUAGGCCGAGGUUGGUUCUUCCAGGAACGGCUGCUCUCCCGGCGAGUCCUUCACUUCUCAUCAGCUGAGUUGGCGUGGGAGUGCAUGGAGACUAACGAUUGCGAAUGCGGUGAACUCGACGACUGCAUUGGCGUCGGGGAGCAUCAGCUUGCCGAAAAGAGCCUAUAUCGGCCUGUCAACGACAAGGGGAAGUACUGGCUCGUACUGGUAUGGCAGAGGAUCGUGAUGGAUUACUCCAGAACGCAGCUUUCCUACGAACAGGACGUCUUCCCCGCGCUGUCCGGCGUGGCCGAGUUGCAGCGGGCCAUGCGAGGUUCGACGUACUGCGCCGGUCUGUGGAGCGACUCGUUCAUCUACGACCUGCUUUGGCGCGUGCCCAAGAACACGAACCUCCCCAUCAGCAACGAGUUCCAACAGUACGAGCGGGUAGCGCGCCCGUCUAAGUGGCGGGCGCCGACCUGGUCCUGGGCCUCGGUCAAGUCGGCUGUCAAAUAC